AUGUAUUCAGUUCAAUGGAAUAAUUUUGUUGACAGAAAUAAAAUUCUGCUUCAGGCAACAAAGAAUCCUAAGGAAAUGACGAGCAUGAUGAGAAGCAAUACAUGUGGAUGGGCAGCAAAUUUAUUGUUGAUGGUGGAGCUCCGAAAAAGGAUACUAACCUUUAGAGAUGUCAUUGACCUACCUCCUUGUGACGGUUCUGGUCCCAUCCAUGAGUUGGUGAUGGACACGGUUGAAGAUCUCUACCACUUAUACCCCAAAGUUGUAAAUGGUAACUUGACCAGAGAAACAGAAGAUGUCUCCUUGUAUCAGGAAUUGCACCACCUUUAUGAUGCUUUGAAAGCCAUUGGAGAUUCAUGGGUGAAAAACCACAAGUGGAUAAGCACCUCAGGCUAUAAAACAAAUGACAGCAUGGAGGAUGGCACUUUGGAGCAACUUAGUCAAAAAGUCCUUGCAAAGCUCAACAACAUAAUUGACAUUGCAAGGAAAAUGUUUGAUGUGAUGGAGGAAGACGAGAAGAACAAUGGUGGCAUUAUACAAGAUUCAACAACUGGGGAUUCUUUAAGAGAGUCUUACUCAAACAAGAAAAAUACCUGGCCUUCUCCAGAUACUCCGGCAGCAUUCUCUUCUGCAAUUUCUUUUCCUAUGGAACUUGCUGAGUUUGCAAAUUCUACAUAUGCCUCACCUUUGCUGUUGCCUCUCAGACUUCAGGCAGUGGAGAAAUUGAGGCCAAUUGAAAUAAAAUACCUCCCAUUCAACUUGUUCCCUACAAAGUCUGCUCACUUUCAUAAUCAAAUGAAAGUAAUGGAUCAAAAAGUUGCUGAAACGAAGGUAGAAAAGGAAGAUGUUUUGCCAGCUAAAGUGAGUAACAUAGAGCCAAAAGAUUCCAAAAACUCUUACAAUUUUCCAAAUAUUCCGAGUUCUGAUUCCAACAUGAUGUCUGACGCAAAAGGAUCAGCAGCAGUAUCGAACCCACCUCCACUGGCAGUGUCCAGUCCAGCUCCAAUUAUGCUACCAGACAUCCAUUUGCCACCCGUCAAUCCACCUUCAAAUGGAACACCAGCACCUCCACUAGUACCACCUUCUGUGGGAUUGGCACCGGUGUCACCAAUUCCCAUGCCACCAGCAAAGGGAGCUACACCGCCACCAGUAAAUGGAGCUACACCACCACCACCCCCUCCUCCACUUGGUGUGGCAAAGGCACCGCUCCCAAGGAAAAAUACCAAAUUAAAGAGAUCAAGCUAUAUGGGAAACAUGUAUAGGCUUCUCAAAGAGAAGGUGGAAGGGUGUGGCUUACGUGUUAAACCUUCUGAAGGGAGAAAACCUAAAAUUGGAGGAGGACCUGCAGGGGGAAAACAGGGAAUGGCUGAUGCACUGGCAGAGAUGACAAAAAGAUCGGCAUAUUUCCAACAGAUUGAAGAAGAUGUCAAGAAGCACGCAAAAUCAAUCAAGGAGAUCAAAGCUGCCAUUAAUUCCUUCCAAACCAAGGACAUGACUGAACUUGUUAAAUUUCACAAGUAUGUGGAGCAACAUUUGGAGAAAUUGACUGAUGAGACACAGGUGCUGGCAAGAUUUGAAGGGUUUCCCACAAAGAAACUGGAUACAUUAAGAGCAGCAGCGGCACUACAUUUAAAACUGGAAGAAAUAACUACCCAACUGGAAAAGUGGAAAGUAAUGCCUCCUUUAGAUCAGCACCUUAGCAAGGUUGAAUCCUACUUUAACAAGAUCAAGGGAGAAAUAGAUGCACUGGAAAGAAGCAAAGAUGAAGAGUCUAAGCGUUUCCGGAGCAACAACAUCGAUUUUGACUCCAACAUUUUGGUGCGAACUAAGGAAUUAAUGGUAGAUGUUUCUUCAAACUGCAUGGAGGUUGCACUUAAGGAAUGGAGGGAGGCAAAGGAAGCAGAGAGUGCAGAAAGCGGGAAAAUAGGUGAUGGCCAAUUAAAGGCAAGUGAAAAUAUGCUUUGGAGGGCUUUUCAGCUAGCAUAUCGGGUCUAUAGCUUUGCUGGUGGACAAGAUGAACGAGCUGAUAUUUUGAGCAAAGAACUAGCUCGUGAAAUAGAGAUGAUCGCCAGAGUUUGUAUAACUAAUUCUAAGCAAUAGCAAAAAUCAGUGCCCUACGCUACGCAAAAUUAUGACAUCCUCAAUUUCGGUGAUAUAAAUUGAAAGCUCAGAACAGAUGCCAAUGUAAUAAAUUUAAAUGGCAGCA